AUGAUAAAUAAGAAACGGACAUACAAUGAUGACUACGGCGAUGAAAACGUUAAUGAUUCAGGAGAAGAGAAGGGCCAGAUGAAUAGAGAUGAUGUUGAAAACAUUAGGAAUAUAAAUAAUAAGAAGAAUAUUUGUAAGCUAGGGACAUGGAACAUAAGAAGCCUGAAUGGUAAAGAAAUUGAGUUGAUAAGUGAAUUUGAGAAAGCCGAGCUAGAAAUACUAGUAAUACCAGAAACAAAAAAGAAAGGGAACGGAACAAUGGAAAUGGAAAACGAACACCUAUUAAUAUGGAGCGGGAUAGAAGAAAAUAAGAGAGCACAAGCGGGUAUAGGAUGCAUAUUACAUAAAAACAUCAAAGAAAACUUGUGCAAUUGGGAUGCAAUAUCCGAAAGAAUCUUAACAGUAGAAUUGAAUUAA